AUGAUGAUAAAUCGAAAGAACAUCCGCACUAAGCGACCUAUGGAGAAGCUAGACCACCAUAUGUUUGGCCCCUUUGUAGUCAACCCUAACGUUUGGAAUCGAGCUUGUGAACUCCAAUUGCCUGCUCGUUGCUCAAUCCAUCCGGUAUUCAAUGUUGCACUCUUAGAACCCUUU